CUGUCACUUUCGUAAAUAUUUGCACAGUGGGUCGGUGUGUUACUGGGGGACUUUUUCAUCGAAAAGUGUGUGAAAUAGUGCUUGAAAAUGUGCAAAUCGCUGAUUUUGUUCCUAUUGAACAGUAUCGAGUUUCAUAUAUGCGUUUUAAACGAAAAAUCGUCGAUUAAAAAAAGGACUAUGUCAAUAAUGGAUCAUCAGUGACAUAACACAAUCACACUUCCCCAUAUAUCUUAACACACAUACACAAAAAGCAAUAAAAUCUAAUGGCAACUUCAUUAAAAAGAAAUCGUUCGCGACGACGCAUUGCAGCAAUAACAUUUUUAUCAAACAUAUCUCUGGACGGCAGUUACAGAGACACCAGAUUAUCGUUACUGCCCCGCAACGGGGCUAUCAUAAAAAAUUCGGCGCUCCUGGCAGCCACCGACGAGCCGCUGGCCGAGGAGUCGGACGGUCCGGACGACUGCUUCAGCGACACGGACCACUCGAGGGACAAAAUCGUCAACCCCAAGAAAAAACUGCAGAAGUCCAAGCCGCACAAUGUCGACGGACAUUCCUUGAGCUCGGACUCGGAGAGCGUCAUUACCCCCAUUAAAACGAGCCUCGUGGAAUCCGCCAAAAAUAAAGAGCGGAUUAGCGAGACUGCCAAAAUCCGGCAGUCUUUUCCCAAGCGAAUCCACCACCAGGGUUCCGUUGGGAGCGACUCCGACAGGCACCACUAUGGUAGCAGUUCGGAGAGUUUGGGGCCCCCUGUGGCUCGGUGUAAAACCAGCCCCGCGCCGCCCUCAAUCCCAGAAUCGUCGUCUUCGAAGGAGAUCAAGUUCCUCAAAACGGCGAAAAAUUAUCGUUUCAAAGACGAACGAAUCGUCAUGGUGACGUCACGUUAUAUCCCGUUUAUGGUAUGCUCCAUCAUACCAUACAAGAAAAAUAUCAGGAGCGACGCCAAACGGGAAUCCGGAAGGAAGAGAACGACGUCGGGAACUCGGCCGUUGUCUUCGGCCACCGAUGGCCUGGAUCCGUUCGACUCCCUAGGGAUCGAGAAGGGUCCAGAUGGACAGGAAUUUUCCUAUGGGUAUUUAUUGGUACCGACGAAACCGGUGAAGGAAUUUCGCGAAAAGCGACUUAACACGAUUGACGAUCCGACGGAAACGGGACACGUCACCUUUAAUGUGGCGAAGCGGCCACAUCAUGUUUUUGCAAGGACAAAAGUUUUAACCUGGCAACCAGACUACAAAUGGUCCUUUUCGUACGACCAGGCCAGCAUACGGGCCAGUUCGCACGUGACGGCGGCGAGCCCGCCCCCGGACGCCGUCGACGACACGUCACUAACCUCCCUAAUUUAUCACCCCAAUUUGCUAGACGACCCGGAGCUGAUCGCCGGGAAGCACCGAACGUUGCUGACUUUCACGUCGUAUAUGACGUCGGUGAUCGACUACGUGAGGCCCUCUGACUUGAAAAAGGAAAUCAACGACAAGUUCAGGGAGAAGUUUCCUCACAUCCAGCUCACGUUGAGCAAACUUCGAAGUUUGAAGCGCGAGAUGCGCAAAAUCGCCAAAACCGAAUGUAACAUUGAUCUGGUGACCGUAGCUCAAGCGUACGUGUACUUUGAGAAAUUGAUAUUGCGCGGACUUAUUAAUAAACAAAACAGGAAGCUGUGCGCUGGCGCAAGUUUGAUUUUGUCGGCGAAGCUGAACGACGUUAAAGGAGAUGGGCUGAAGACGCUUCUGGAGAAAACCGAAAACACAUUCCGUCUGAACAGGAAAGAGCUUGUGGCGGCCGAAUUCGCUGUUUUGGUAGCAUUGGAGUUCGGGCUUCAUGUACCAACGUGGGAGAUUUUCCCGCACUAUCAGAGAUUGUUAUAUGAAUCUUGACCGAUGCUUUGUAACCUCUUCAGUUCGAUUGCAUGCUCAAGAUAUUUUCAUUUUUAAUAAUCUUGCCAUUCGGAAGUACAAAUUGUCAAUCUCGUGUACUUAAUUUAGACGUCUUACUUAAGUAGGGUAGGCGUGGCUGCGCUAGACAGAAAGGUGGCUGUGAUUGGUCUUGAGAGGUUCCACCUUUCGCACUCAAAGGUCCUAAGACCAGGUGAUAAAAAAUGGUACUUGAAAAGUUUACUUAAUUUAGUCGGUGUGUUCCUUGUUUUUUUUGAUAUAUUGUUAAUUUUGGUUUGUUGUAUUUUUCCAUGAGAUUUUGUAACUAAACUUUCUUACUCAACGCUUAAUAGGUGUAAUUUUAGUGUGCAUUUCCGUGCCAUUAAUAAAAUCUUGUGGACGUA